UUCAGUCGCCCGCACUUGCAAAUGGCGUCAUUAAUACGGGUGUCCGCGCACAAACUAAAACAGGCGAAAUGACUUAAAAAAAACGUUAAAUAACACAAAAGUGCUAUCCAAAAGUGAAGUGUUCGCAAUUUACGGGCACACCAAAGUUAAUCCAGUAUUCAAAAGAAAACCCGAGACCUUCUAGUCUGACGUAGUUUCUACUUAGUAUCGUACUUAAAUAUACUUCUAUUCAUAUACAAAAAUAUUUAGUAUACAAUUAAAUUUUUAAUAAUAAUAGUAAUUAAAAAAAAAAAACUGUGAUAUAAUUAUUUAGUGGAGAGUGCAAUAGGAAUGUGCAAUUCCGUUUAUACACCGCAUAACGUGAGCGGUUAGUGCUAAAUGCUUUAGUGUAUUCCGGUCGAGGUGAUUCCGUGAUGGCGCUGCAACCCCAGCAGUUUUGCGUCCGUUGGAAUUCUUAUCACACUAAUCUACAGGCCGUUUUCCCGCGCCUGUUACUGACCGAACAAUUCGCUGACGUCACGUUAGCGUGCGAAUCGCGUCAGCUACGAUGCCACAAGCUGGUCUUGUCAGCAUGCUCGGCGUACCUCGAGAGGCUAUUGCUGCAGAACCCCUGCGACCAUCCCAUCGUCCUGAUGCGGGACAUGAGGUUCAGUGAAAUGCAGGCACUAGUCGACUUUAUGUACAAAGGGGAAGUGAACGUGACCCAAGAGGAGCUGCCGAGCCUCCUGAAGUCAGCAGAGGCUCUGCAGAUCAGAGGUCUCUGCUCAAACGACAGUUCCGGUCUGACCGACAGCAAACCCGAGACGAAGGACUUCACCGUCGCCAGCGACGCCCUCGUCGCGAACGCACAGAAGGACAACCCCACUACCAAUGGACCGAGUCAAGCGCCUAAGUCGAUACCCCAGUCAUCUCCCAACGGACCUAAGAAACGGAAAUCUGAAGACCUGGCUGCUGAUGUGAAGGAGGAAACCGUCGAGGAAGACGGACUGUAUUACGGCGAAAUGGAUAACGACCCCAUGGAAUACAACGAGGACGACGAACCAGGGAAACCGGGCAGCAGUCUCGGUCAGCCAUCAGGGAGCCGCCACGACUACGUGCGCGUGAAGCCGGAGAGCGAAUUGUUCUUUCAAAACAAACUGCAGAAUUUAGCGAAAGCCAAUUCCGAAUACAUCAACAGGCUAUCCAAAAUGAACGCUGUGGAAAUAAAAAAUGAAUUUUCCAAAUACGGGCUCAAUACGAACGCCACAGAAGAAUAUUUACAGCAGAAGAACGCAGAGAAAGCAGAGAAUGACUAUUACAAAUCAUGGUUGGAGCAAAAUGGCGAGCUUGAAGUGUCUCUCCUGAGAGCGAGCCAAGUGAAGAAGUCGAAGAUCGAGCAGAAACCGCAAAAAUCCGAGGUGGAACUGAUCCCCAAAAGUGUUGUCAACAAAGAGAUUUACCGGAAAAUCGGGGAAAAAGCGCAGAUCAGACGAAGGGGCAGGCCGCCUAUUUUCAAAGAUAAAAACGUUGAUAUAGGCGACACGGUGCUCAAGUCUGACCUGGAUCAGUUCUUGGAGGGCAAAGAGAUCAGUUCCUCGGGCUUGUCGCGUAAAGACCUGGAGAGGGUCAUGAUGGGGAAAUUCAAUCCUAAUAGGAGGUACUCGAACGAGGCCAUGUGGGCAGCCCUGAUGGAUGUCAAGAAGGGCGGGAGUAUUUACAGGGCCGCCCAAACUCAUAAAGUGCCCAGAAAAUCGCUGCGUAACUGGAUGAAGCGCUGCCACAUCAAGUCGUCCUUCCCGAUGCCGCAGCAACUGAAGCAGUUCGUCGAGAAUAGCAAGCGUCAGAAGGAGUAUAAGCAUUACGAGUGCCUCAAUGCGGGCGACCCUCAGCCUCAGGACAAGAGCGAGAACGAAACCGAACUGGACUUCGGCAAGCAUUUCCUGUCGUUCGCGAAUAAUGUUUCCAGCGAGGACGAAGCCCCCAAAACUGGGGAGAAAUCUCCCGAAUUAAAGGGUGACUGCGAUGGCAAUACCGUCCUUGAUAUGUCAUUGCAUGAAUAGUUUGUCUUGUGUUGCCAUACUGCGGUUUGUGGAAUGAAGACGCUGAAUGUUUUGCGCGGUGCUAUUCUGAUUUAAAUUAAGAAAACCAAGCCUCUUAUCUUAUAAUAAUAAAUAAUCAUUGUGUCUAAUAAAAUAAAACACUAAAAAUUUUAAAUUUGUCUAUGCGCCGAUGACUGGGCGUAUUCUAAGUCCACUCUAAUUUGUACCGUCAAACAAAUUAUAAAUACAAGUGUAUUAGUAGAAAAUUCGCAGUAUGGAAACGUGUUCUGAAAAUUAAUAAUACAAAAUGACUGUAAUUUAUAUAUUAAAAUUAAUAUCUAAUUAUAUAGAAAAAUAAAAAAUGUGGCCUGUCGUUUGUAUACGAAGAUAUAUAACUGCCAAAGAAAUAAGCAAAGAUAUUUAAUAUAUUUAACGAAUGUAUUUUAAACAAACGAUUUUCCCAAAGAAAUUAUAAAUUAUUGAUAAUGUUGCAAUAGAAUCCAAAGAGUUUUAAAAUUACGGGGAAAAAAACGUGUUUCGUGGUAACAUUUCGUAAUGUUGCCAUUGAAAAAAAAGUAUGUUUAAAUUUGAUUAUUUAUUCUUUAAUUAUUGAUACUUAAUGUUGUAACGUAUUUCUUUUACUUAUUAAUGUUAGUUAUACAUAUUUAUAAAUAAGUGUGUUUUAAUAGAUUUGACGAAAAUCGAAUUAAAAUUACUUUUACACUGACAUUGUCAUUGAGACGCCGGAAAAAUCGUGCAAAUUUUAUGCAGAAAUCUGCCCUCCAUUGACACUAUAGUUAACACAUUUGGAUUCGCUUCAAUAAUUGUGCGAUUGAAAGUUUUCAUGGAUGGGCACCAAGCUUUCAAGUGAAACUUCUGCGUAAUACGUGUCCGUUAACGUUCUCGAUAGCGUUAAAGUUAAAUCAAAUUUGUAUGGAGUUGCAACAGCGCCCCUAGCGGCAAACGCAGGCAAACUUUCUAACUCCAUACAAAUUUGAGUUAACUUUAACGCGGUCGAGAAGUUAAAAAACUAAGCACACAGAAGGGAGACUGUUGAAUCAAAAUGAACCUCCCAAGAUUUAUGGGAAACCACAGAACUCUACUGAGAGAGCAACCGUCACUUAUAGCCAUAACCCAGCUCCACACGUAUGACGUCACGUACUGUGACCCACUAAGAAAUGCAGUGACUUGUUAAAAUAUCAUUUUCGUCAAAUUUGUUAUUAAAAAAAAAAA